UAGAACAAUUAAUGAGGAAGUUUGCCUAAACCCUGGUUAAACACAGUGGACAGAGCAGGGACGCAAAGACCGACAAGAGCCAAGCGGAGCAGUAAGGCUACUAAGCAUUUUUAGGUGAUCUUGCAGAAGUCACUGCAUGAGCUCCAACUUCACCACUGAGAUGAGAUGAGAUGGGGCUGUUGCCUGCCGUCUGACAAGCGUGCACAGUGUGUGACACAAAAAUUUACAGUGUUGCCUGCAUAGGCAUUCUACAAGCUUCGCUGUGAGACUAACACCCCCUUCAUCAUCACACGGUGCGUCUCGGUCUUGGCGCUCUACACUGAUCAUCAGUGGAAGUGUACUCCCCGAGCCGCAGCAGCCCAACUGUGACAUCCCUCCACUACACAGAGUGUGCUCAGGCUGGCUGGCUGCUGCACAGGCACCAUGGAGCAAAAAUCACCCAAGGAUGAGAGCACUGCCAAAGGACAAGAGUCUCUGUCCUACCAGCGGAGGAUGUGGAAGAAUUUCCAGGAGAAAACUAAGCCUUGGCUCAGUCCUAAACUGGGAUCGGAGCGUCGCGGUGCCGGGGGCGCGGAGGGCAGCAAAAAGGAAUCGGGGCUAUGGAUGUUUAAGAGGAAAAAGAAACAGUUGGACCGGGUGUUUUCGUCGUCUCAGCCGAACCUGUUCUGCUCAACGCCGGUGCCUUUUGAGGGAGAUAAGUCGAUUGGAAGCGACGCGGUCCCCGGCACCAGCACAGACGGACAGCCCCUGCUGCAGCCCCUCGGCGCAGCUUCUGGAGCCACGGGGAGCAAGCCCGAGCUGACGGCGCACGGAAGCCCCAAACUCCCCGUAUCCCAGCUGAUCACGUACCAGCAGAAGAGCUCCUCUCUCGGCUCGGCGUGCUUCGAGAAGCUGGUAGUGGACCCGGCCGUGGUGGUGGGAGAGGAGGAGCAGCUGCGUAAAAACGCAAGUGAUUCUGGCAUCAGCAUAGUGGGGCCCAGUAAUGCAGAAGCCUUGCCGCGACCUCCUAGUCCAGCCAUGUACCAGCUGGAUAUUGUCCUAAAGAAAGGGAACAAUCUGGCCAUCCGAGAUCGGACAGGAACCAGUGACCCAUAUGUGAAGUUUAAGAUUGCAGGGAAGGAGGUGUUCAGAAGUAAGACCAUCCAUAAGAACCUCAACCCAGUGUGGGACGAGAGAGUAAGCCUACAUGUGGAAACCCUGAGGGACCCACUGUAUGUCAAGGUUUUUGACUAUGACUUUGGACUUCAGGAUGAUUUCAUGGGUUCAGCAUACCUCUACCUGGAGUCAUUGGAACAUCAAAGGACACUGGAUGUGACGCUGGACCUGAAAGACCCACAGUAUCCUGAACAUAACCUGGGCAGCCUGGAACUAGCUGUCACACUGUCACCGAAGGAGGGAGACUUUAGGGAUGCUACCAUGCUUUUGAGAAGGAACUGGAAACGAUCUAGUAAGUAUCAGAGUAUGCGUCUGUCAGAUGUGCACAGAAAAGCCCAGCUGUGGCGAGGUAUAGUCAGCAUCAGUCUGAUAGAAGGUCGUGGCCUGCAGCCCAUGGAUGCCAAUGGCCUCAGCGACCCUUACGUCAAAUUCAGGAUGGGGCACCAGAAGUACAAAAGCAAGACAAUUCCCAAAACACUGAACCCCCAGUGGAGAGAGCAGUUUGACUUCCAUCUGUAUGAUGAGCAGGGAGGCUACGUGGACAUAACAGUCUGGGACAAAGAUGCUGGCAAGAAGGAUGACUUCAUGGGAAGGUGUACCAUCGAUCUGUCGCUUCUCAGUAAAGAACACACACACAAACUGGACCUGCCACUGGAGGAGGGAGAAGGUGUGCUGGUGCUCCUGGUAACACUCACUGCCUCUGCUGCCGUUUCCAUCUCAGACCUGUCAAUCAAUAUGCUGGACGACCCGCAUGAGAGACACCAGAUCAUGCAGAGAUAUAGCCUGUGGAGGUCAUUCCACAACCUGAAAGAUGUCGGUGUGGUGCAGGUAAAGGUCAUCAGGGCUGAGGGACUGAUGGCAGCAGAUGUCACAGGUAAGAGUGACCCAUUCUGUGUGGUGGAGCUGAGUAACGAUCGGCUGCAGACUCACACUGUCUACAAAAACCUCAACCCAGAGUGGAACAAGGUCUUCACUUUUAAUGUGAAGGACAUCCAUUCGGUGCUCGAGGUCACUGUUUACGACGAGGACCGAGACAGAAGCGCAGACUUCCUGGGGAAAGUGGCUAUUCCUUUACUAAAUAUCCAAAAUGGAGAACGCAAAGCCUACGCCUUGAAAAGCAAGGAGCUGACAGGGCCAACAAAAGGGGUCAUCUUUCUCGAAAUAGACGUGAUUUUUAAUGCUGUGAAGGCUGGUCUCAGGACGUUGAUUCCCAUCGAGCAGAAGUAUAUCGAGGAGGAGCCCAGAGUGUCCAAACAGCUGCUGUUGCGUAACUUCAACCGAGUUAGGCGCUGCAUCAUGUUCCUUAUCAACACAGGCUGCUACAUCAACAGCUGCUUUGAAUGGGAGUCUCCACAGAGGAGCAUCUGUGCUUUUGUGCUUUUUGUCAUCGUCGUUUGGAACUUUGAACUCUAUAUGAUACCCCUGGCGUUGCUGCUGCCUUUGGCCUGGAACUACAUCCUCAUCGCGUCGGGGAAGGAUACCAGGCAAGAUGUGCAAGCAGUGGAAGACCUGCUGGAGGAUGAGGAUGAGGAUUUUGACAAAGAUGACAAGGAUCCUAAACCAGGCCCCUGGGAGGACAGCUGUGAUAAAAACCAUAUCCUCGAGGAUAUGUUGGCUUCCUGGCACUUUGAGUGGAUACGAACGAUGGUGGACUCGGAGAGAAAGGGCUUCAUGAACAAGCUUUAUGCCAUUCAGGACGUGUGCAUCAGCGUGCAGAAUGCACUGGAUGAAGUGGCCUCCUAUGGCGAGAGGAUAAAGAACACAUUUAACUGGACUGUGCCUUUCUUAAGCUGGCUGGCUAUUGUGGCUCUAGGAGUGGCCACCAUCAUCAUCUACUUCAUCCCUCUACGAUACAUUGUGUUGGCCUGGGGGGUGAAUAAAUUCACCAAGAAGCUACGAGACCCUUACACCAUUGACAACAACGAGCUGCUAGACUUUCUGUCCAGAGUGCCCUCAGAUGUACAAGUGGUGCAGUACCGAGAGCUGAAACUGGAUCCCAAUCCCAGUCCAAAUAAAAGGAAGAAAAACAACCCCGGGUAGAUGACUGUGUCCGCCCACCAACUCCUCUCUUCUCCACUUUUCUUCUCACUGUCUAUUACUGGACACUGAGGAGCAGAGGAAGACGGCUGUGGACCAGCUCAGCUCAACUGUCCUUCCUUUUUUCUUUCCCAUUUUCCUCUCUUAACCCUUUUUUCUGUCUUUAAUUACUCGUGAUGUACAGUACAGUUUCCUGAUGUGUAAUUUUUGUAUAAAACAAGACAAGAAAUCCCUUGAAUUAUUAUCUCCAUUAUGCUUUUGAUUGAUUUUAAACACGAGGGGGGAUGAUGGCUGGAAUGACCUUUUUAUCAGCCGUGUGAGCCACUCUCCUCGUUUCUUCUCUCCAUCACCCUGACAGCUCGGUGGACUCUGUCCAUUCGCUUGCCACAAGUGUCACACAAUGAGUAAAACGACUUUUAACAUUUAUACUCAUGGUUCCAAAAAAAAUAUUUAGUGCAUCCAUGUUUAUCAAAAUAUAAGCCUUACACUAACAUUCAGCAUUAUCACUCUGCAAAGGACUUUAAGUUUUUUUGCUCAUUGUAGUUAUUUAGUGAUUUUUAGUAAUAUGUUUAUAUUUUCUAAUUGUUUUUGUACUGAAGUAUCUUUUCUUUCCUUCCCUUCUUGGAUGUGGUAAUGAUGUUAUGUUCACUGGCAGUAAUUUGGAUCGCCUGCACUUAACUCAGCCAGCCAAGUUGAUUAGCAAUUAUGGUGGUAGCCUCCAGAUAUGUCCUUCUACACAAACACAAAACUGGACCAACAAGCUGAGGGCUUGUGGUGCUAUCUGUCUGUGCUUUCAUACAAUGGCCAAAUUAGCUUUUUUAAAGACUUGACUCCAAAACAAACAAACAAAAAUAUAAUUUAAUAAAAUAAAAUAAAAAAAUCAAACCACUGUGGACAGUGAAAUUAGUUAAGUACAGUGAGUCUGUAUUUCUUAAAAUAGAUUGCGAUUGCAUAAUCAUCAUUAAAUAGUACCCACAGGAAAAAAGAACAACACUGGUAAGUAUUAGGCAGUUGGUUUGAUGCCCUGAACAUUUAUCGCUAUUAAAUGCCCAGAUAGCUUAGCCUCGCUUAACCUGUUAAAAACAUGUCAAAGCCACCAUCAGUCAGUCAGACAGUCUGUCAGGAGGCGCAGCCGACUGGGCCUUCUGCUGUCGUGGUGUUAAUAUAGAUGUCACCCAGUUUAUGCAGAGUGUCGCCAGGCAGGCAGGCCUUUAGGCAGCUGCAGCCCUAAUCUUGUUUGAAAGGCUGGUCUCCUUUCCUCUCGUCUCCCCGUGUGUUUGCCUCGGCGGCCACACACGAAAGCGUUCACAUAAGCAUGAGAAUGCAUGCACACACAUACACACACACACACACACACAAAAAAAAAAACUCUCACGUGAAUAAACAGCUCCCGUACCGAUACCGUACCUACUUGUGCACAGAUGAAAACAUAACAUCCCAUUUGAACAGGCACAUUCUCUCAGGCACACACAUACACACAAAUAUGCUCUCUGUGAUGCUGUGCCCCAGGCUGGCCGCCCUCUCCAUCUGCCCCACCUCCUGUGCCCACAGCUCAACUUUGAUCUGUCUUUCCAGAGACAGAGGCUUGUAUAUGUGAACUGUGCAAGAGUGUUUGCGUAUACACGUUUAUGCAAUCAAAGACAUGUUGCUUUUCUCAGCGCUGGUGUGUGUUACAAUUGUAUCUCCCCUCCAGCUGUAGACUGAUGCGUAGAUUUAGUCGGUCGGUAUGUGUGUGCAUGUGUGUGUGUGUGUGUGUGGUGUAGCAGACGUGCCAGCUGUUAUUUGGUGUGCUGGUGUAGAGGGCCGUCAGCUAGAUGAGCAGCAAGUCGCUGUGUGACAAGACAAGGCUCUAAGGGGACUUAGGCCUGAGAUGUCAGGGACGGAAGGAUAUGUGUGUGCGUGUGUGUUUUAUGCUAUUUCAGAUCCGUCUUCCCAGCCUCUCUCCGUUUGCUCUCUCUGCGGUUCCCUCAUUCGUCAGUGAGCGGGGUUGCGACCCUGUCUGAAGGGACGGUCUCCUGGGCUUCUAGUUGAGCAUCUGUUGAAAGAUCACAGCUCAGGCUACAUUUGAGGAGGUCUCCUCUCAUCCUACUGAUCCCUGCCUCCACCCCCUGCCACCACAUCUUUUUGUUCCCUUUUACCCCCUUUGUCUGUCUGUUUGUCUGUCUUUCCGUCUAUCUUUAUCACUCCUCAGCCCCCUCAGCAGCAAUUCGAGCUCUCUUCUGCCAUUUUGUCAUCCUCUUGUUCUGCCUGUCUGUCUGCAUGCCAUCACCUCUCCUGCUCUGCUGCCCGCUCCCUCCCUCUUUACCCAUCCAUCUCCAUGCUUAAAUAUCAACAGGCUCGGAUCCGUCACUCCAGAGGGCCAUUGAUUUUGUUUUGUUGUUUUGAGGAAUCCACUUGAAAGACAAUAACAGACUGUCCCCCAAGAGCAGCGUCGCAGACUGAUUAUAGCCUCCUCAACAAACACACUCUGUGGCUUGUGAAGGAUGGCUUUUUAUAAUGCCUGAAGGGACUGUUUGAAUACCUGAUACGUAUAUGUUUACUACUGUAUGUAGUUAUUUUACAGCAAAUUGUGGUGACUAUUGUGUGGUAUUGCAUCCGAUACUGUCUUCUACUUUUUUUUGGUCAUUUAUUAUUUGGUUUUGGCUCUGUUUGCAAGCAAACCAAAGUGUUUUUAUUUUGUAUGUUGAAGAGAAAAUACAUUAUAUAAAGGAAUGUAUCAGACUGACAGCUGCAAAGGAAAAAAAGCACUUUUAUUUGCACCAGUUUGAAAUGAGACUUUAUUUUUUAAAUGAUACUGUACAUAGCCAACUACUUAUUAAUUUAUGGUUGUAUUUUAUACAGUAUGCCUGUUGAUGGUCUGGUGAUAUUAUAAAGUAGGUGUAUGCCUGCCUCAUUUUUUUUAAGAUCUGUCUUUUUCCGCCUGCAACGUUGCCUGCCUGUGACAUCAUCUUCAUGUGCCCAGUUCUGACCAGUGACAUGAGCUGAGACGUGAGUAGGUCAGGAGGGGUGAAAGAAAAUAUGAUGUAUAUUUCUGGUUUGAGAAAUUAAAUGCAUCUGAUGUAUGUUGCUUAUUUUGAAAAAAAAGGAAAGAAAAGACAAACAUGAGAUUAAAUAUUUUUUAUCAUCUUCA